GCUGCGCGCGCGGACGACCCUCUCCUCAGCACCGCAGCUCACACACAGCUACACAGAGGAGUGGUACGGUCCGGCUCCAAGUACACAACGAACGGUUUAUACGGUAAUGGUCAGUGCCAGUGUCUUCUCCGGGUCCAGAGCAUGUCCCGUUAUUUAUUCAGUGUGCGAGGCUGCUCGUUUGCGGAAGAAUUUCCCUCAGCUUGAGCGCGCACUGUGUGUGUCUCGUGAGAGGCGCGCGGGAAGGCGUGACUGCGGGAAAUUUAUCGUCCAAACCGUUAUUUUACCUCACCUCACAGCUGCUGCUUUUAAUAAGUUUGGAUACCUACAGUAAAGUUCUUUUUCUGUUUUCCUCAACGACAAUGGGGAACUAAAUCGAAUUAUACAAGCUUCCCAAUCCCCCCACAUCACUCUCCAAUUUGCUGUGGAGCUCUCUUGCCUGCCUCCUGCUGUGUUGGAGGCAGCCUAUGAUUUGCCACAGGCAGGAAGUACGCUGACCGGGCAUUGAAACUCGCCAGUAUCCCUCUUCCAAAGUGCCUUAGCUCUGGAACCAAGGGAUUUACAUUAAUGUCCUACUGAGAUGGCAGUCAAAGGCUAAUGCUAUAUAUCGGAACUGAAGAGAUAAAGAGCAGGUGCAACUGGUUGAAAGAGGUGCAGAGAAAGACUGACCACAAAUAAAAAAUAGAAGCGGGAAAGAGCGAAGUGAAGAAGAGGAGGUACAGGGGAGACACAGCAUGAAUGUAGCAUGGAGGUGAAGGAGCGCCGGCCUUACUGCUCCCUCUCCCGGAGCAGGAGAGAGCGAGGGAGAGACGGAGAGAGGGAAGGAGAUAAAGAAGAGGGGGAGGGCUACAGGGAGGGUCCCGGCAACCGUCGUAAUGCAGCCUCAUCUUCAGUUGUUACCCAGAAGUCUUAUAGCUCCAGUGAGACUCUGAAGGCUUUUGAUCAGCACCCAUCCACCCAGGGGCUUUAUGGGCAUCGCAUGCCAGACAUGGUGCCAAGGGACGUAGAGGAAUACAGAGCUCCAGGUCAGAGUCUCUCUCUGAGGCAGCUUGGAAUAUGCGGCCCUGCCCCUCGCCGUGGUCUAAGUUUCUGUGCCGAGACUGGACUCAGUCACCACGCACAGCUCAGCGGAGCAGACCAUAUCCAAAAUGCAGGGGGCAUUUCUCCAGACUGCGCCAUGCUUUGGGUUAAAUCACAUGGACGAGACUCACAGCUUUCCAGUCGCUCCAACUCUGCUUUAACCCUCACAGACACAGAGCAGGACAAUAAAUCAGACCAGGAGAAUGACCAGCUUCCCAUCCAGUCAGGCCCGCCUCCACUACCACCUGCUCCACAUCAACACAAGCAGCACCCGUCAGUCACCUCCCUCAACCAGUCACUGGCCAAUCAGACAGCAGAGUUUCAGAGUGCAUCUGAAUGUGUGCAACUGCAGGAAAACUGGGUUUUGGGUGGCAGCGUAGGCUUGGAAAACAGGCACUUCCUGUUAAAGACUGGAACAGGUACCACAUCUCUCUUCACAACGCCUAAUCCAGGUUAUACCAUGGCAACCGGGGCUGUCUACUCUCCACCAGCCCGCCCUUUAACUCGCAACCCACUAUCAAGAGGUGCAUUCAAAUUUAACAAAUCAUCUAAACGGUGUUCAUGGAAGUGCACUGCUUUCAGUGCUGUGGGCGUGGCUACGCUGCUGACAAUUCUUCUCUGCUACUGUUUAGCCAUGCAUGUUCUUGGCCUGAACUGGAAAUUGAAGGAUGUUGAUAAUCAUGCCUUUGAAAAUGGACGAGCCAAACCGGUGACGUUCCCGACCAACACUGUGACUGCAAUUUCUGCAGAUGGAAGGUUAGGUGUGGUGCUGCAGUAUAACUCCACACUGGACACAGGACAGGUGGAGUUGGGUCAGCAGGUAACACAAGCUGUUCCACCAGCGGUUUUCUGGAGAUCCAAAAUUCUCAUUGAACAACCCCACUUCCUCAAGUUUAACAUUUCCAUCCAGAAAAAUGCCCUGAUUGGAGUCUAUGGAAGAAGGGGAUUGCCACCCUCGCACACCCAGUAUGACUUUGUGGAGCUUCUGGACGGCAGUAGGCUUAUAUCACGAGAGCGUGUUCAGUUGGAUCCGGAUAUCAGGGACAGACUGGAGAUUCCGGUCAGCGUUCAGCAAGCGGGCUUUAUUCAAUACCUGCACACUGGUGUGUGGCACCUGGCUUUUUACAACGAUGGGCGCAGUGUAGAGCCAGUCUCAUACAACACCAUAAUGCUGGAGUCCGUGAUGGAAUGCCCACACAACUGCUAUGGUAAUGGAGAGUGUGUCUCAGGCAUGUGUACUUGCUUUCCUGGAUUUCUUGGGCCUUAUUGUUCAAGAGCGGCGUGUCCAGUUUUGUGCAGUGGCAACGGCCAAUACAAUGGGGGGCGCUGCCAGUGCUACAGCGGAUGGAAGGGGAUUGAAUGUGACGUGCCAAGCGGUCAGUGUAUCGAUGCCCAGUGCGGCGGUAAUGGCAUGUGUGUUACGGGCUCCUGCAUGUGUAACCCAGGCUACAAAGGUGACAACUGUGACCAAGUGGACUGUGUGGACCCAUCCUGUUCAGGUCGUGGCUCUUGUCUCCAUGGCCAAUGCCACUGCACAUCAGGCUGGACCGGAGUUAACUGUGAGACACAGCUGUCUGUCUGUCUGGAACACUGCUCAGGCCAUGGCACAUUUCAGAGUGAAACCAGCACCUGCAUCUGUGAUGUGAACUGGACCGGACCUGAUUGCUCAACAGAAAUGUGUACAACAGAUUGCAGUUCUCACGGCGUAUGUGUCGGAGGUGUGUGUCGAUGUGCAGACGGCUGGUCGGGGACGGGGUGUGAACAGGAGGUCUGUCAGUGUGGUGAACAUGGCGUGUGUCGCAAAGGAAAGUGCGAGUGUCACCAAGGUUGGACUGGAGAAAACUGCAAUAUUGCUCAUUUUCUGGACAGUAAAAUAAAAGCAGACUGGAUAGGAUACAGAGACAGUUGUCCAGGGUUGUGCAACAACAACGGCAGGUGCAUUCUGGACCAGAACGGAUGGCAUUGCCUCUGCCAGUCUGGAUGGAGAGGGGUGGGGUGUGAUGUCGCCAUGGAAACCCUUUGCUCAGAUGGCAAGGACAACGAGGGCGAUGGCUUGGUGGAUUGUAUGGACCCAGACUGUUGCAUUCACAGCAGCUGUCAGGGUCAGACGUACUGCCGCGGGGCUCCGGAUCCCAACACAAUGCAACACCAGAGCUCAUCUACCCCAGGCUCUCUGAGUUUCUAUCAACGCGUCAGUUUUCUGGUGGCGCCAGGGGGGACUCAUACUUUGCCAGGGGAAAACACUUUCAACAACAGCUUGGUGUCAGUAGUGCGAGGGCAGGUGGUGACCACAGACGGCACUCCUCUGAUUGGGGUGAACGUGACUCUUCUGCAUUAUCCGCAACUGGGUUAUACCAUCACCAGACAGGAUGGCAUGUUUGAUUUAUUGGUGAAUGGCGGUGCUGCACUGACGUUAAGUUUCACGCGUGCUCCGUAUCCCACUGUAUAUCGCACGGUGUGGUUGUCAUGGAGAGUCUUCUAUGUGAUGGACAUGCUGGUGAUGAGAAAAGAGGAGAGGGAGACACCAAACUGCGAGUUUAACAGCCUCGACAGACCUUCACCCAAAAUCACAGCGUCACCACUCUCCACCUUCUACCGCACCAGCCCCGAGGCCAGCCCCAUCAUUCCUGAGACACAGGUUCUUCAUGAGCAGACAGCAAUUCCUGGAAGUGAUUUAGGUUUAGUCUACUUAAGUUCACGUGCCUCAGCAUACAAACCCGUUCUGAAGGUCAUCAUGACCCAGUCCAGCGUGCCCUUCGGCUUGGCUAAAGUCCACCUUUUGGUUGCCGUGGAGGGUAGAAUGUUUCAGAAGCAGUUCCCGGCUUCACCACGGCUCUCCUACGGCUUUAUCUGGGACAAGACGGAUGCUUACAGCCAGAGAGUCUAUGGACUGGCGGAGGCUGUAGUAUCCGUUGGCUUCGAGUAUGAAUCAUGUCUGAAUGUGAUCCUGUGGGAAAAGAGGACAGCCACACUGCAGGGAUAUGAGCUGGAGGCCUCCAACCUAGGCGGCUGGACCCUGGAUAAGCACCACGUUUUGGAUGUGUCGAACGGUAUUCUAUAUAAAGGAGAUGGUGAGAAUGUGUUCCUCUCAAAGCUUCCACCCGUCAUCAGUACCAUUAUGGGCAAUGGCAGACGCAGAAGCAUCUCAUGCCCCAGCUGUAAUGGCCAGGCAGAGGGUAACAAGCUGCUGGCUCCUGUGGCUCUCACAUGGGGUGUCGAUGGCAGCCUGUAUGUUGGCGACUUCAAUUACAUCAGACGCAUCUAUCCAUCAGGCAAUGUGAGCAGUGUCAUGGAGCUCAGAAAUAAGGAUUUCAGGCAUAGCAACAACCCUGCUCACCGAUACUACCUGGCCACGGAUCCGGUGACGGGGCAGCUGUAUGUGUCAGACACUAACUCCAGGCGCAUCUACAGCCCGCGGGUGCUCUCGGGUACCUCUGAGCCUCAGCAAAACGUAGAGGUGGUAGCGGGGACAGGAGAUCACUGUCUGCCUUUUGAUGAAGCUCAUUGUGGAGACGGAGGACCGGCCACGGAGGCUCUACUCACGGGACCCAAAGGGAUCGCCAUUGACAAGAACGGGCUGAUCUACUUCGUGGACGGGACUGUGAUCCGUAAAGUGGAUAAGAGCGGCAUCAUUUCGACCCUUCUGGGGUCUAAUGACCUUGCCUCUGCUCGACCCCUGAGCUGUGACUCGGUGAUGGACGUUCAUCAGGUGUCUUUGGAGUGGCCGACGGACUUGACUGUCAGUCCGAUGGAUAACUCGCUCUAUGUGCUGGAUGGCAGUGUGGUUUUGCGGGUCACUGAAGAGGGGCAGGUCAGCGUGGCAGCGGGCAGACCCCUGCACUGCCCUAUGCCAUCUACAGACAUCUCAGUGACAAAAACACAGCGAGCCACACACACCCAUCUGGAAUCCCCCAGUGCAAUUGCUGUCUCCUUCAGUGGAGUGCUGCACAUCGUGGAGACAGAUGAGAGGAAGAUGAGCCGCAUACGCAGUGUGGCGGCAGAUGGCGAGAUCACUCACCUGGCGGGAGCGCCUUCAGAUUGCGACUGCAAGACGGACGUCAACUGUGAUUGUUACCUAACCGGAGACGGCUUUGCAAAAGAUGCUCGGCUCAACGGGCCGUCCUCUCUCGUCGCUGCUCCUGAUGGCACUCUGUACGUCGCGGACCUGGGGAACAUUCGAAUUCGCUUGAUCGGAAAAAACAGGCCGGCACUUAACAGCAUGGGCUUGUAUGAAGUGGCCUCGUCUGCCGAGCAGGAACUCUACAUGUUUGACAGUAAUGGAACGCACCAGUAUACUGUCAACCUGAUCACUGGAGACUACAAAUAUAACUUCAGCUAUAGCAAUGAGGGAGAUCUGACCCUAGUGGCUGACAGCCAUGGAAACACUCUGCGAAUUCGCAGGGACACAAGUCGACUUCCAGUCCGCAUCGUUGCACCUGACAACCAGGUUAUUUGGCUAACUGUAGGCUCAAGUGGUGGGCUAAAGACCCUAGGCACACAGGGGCGUGAACAUGUGCUGCUAACUUACCAUGGCAACAGUGGUCUCCUGGCAACCAAGAGUAUUGCCAAUGGAUGGACAACGUUUUAUGACUAUGACACAGAAGGACGACUGACAAACGUAACUUUUCCUACCGGAGUGGUGACCAGCCUGGCGUAUGACAUGGAGACUGUCUCUACAGUAGAACGAGAAAGUUUUGAAAGAGAUGAAGCUUCAACGAUGACUACAAACCAGUCAGCAAUUCAAAGUGUACUGACGUUACAACAAGAUCAGCUCAAGAAUAACUAUGUGAUUGGUUAUGACCACUCGUUCUGGAUCCUGUAUGCAAAUGGAAUGAACACACACUACCAAACUGAGCCACAUAUUUUGUCAGGAGCCUCCUCCCCUACAUUGGCCUGUAGAAACAUGACACUACCCGAUGACAGUGGACAGAACCUGGUGGAGUGGCGCUUUCGCAAAGAACAGACGCGUACGAAGGUCACAGUGUUCGGACGCAAGUUACGAGUAAAUGGACGGAACAUUUUGUCUGUUGAUUAUGACCGAGCGCUGAGGAUUGAAAAGAUCUAUGAUGAUCACCGUAAAUUUCUUCUGAAGAUUGGUUAUGACACGGCAGGUCAGCCCAGUCUCUGGAUGCCAAGUAGCAAGUUGCUGCCUGUCAACCUCACUCGCAAUAGCAAUGGGCAGUUGAGUGCCAUUCACUGGGGUUCGGUCUCAGAGAGAGUUGAGUAUGAUGGACAAGAUCGUCUGCUGUCUAGAACGUUCCCUGAUGGGAAGACCUGGAGCUACACGUAUCUGGAGAAGUCCACAGUCUUAAUACUGGCGAGUCAGCGGCAGUACGUCUUUGAAUAUGAUCCUCAGGGAGGUCUCUCUGCAGUCACUAUGCCCAGUGUGGCCCGUUACACUAUGGAGACUCUACGUUCAGUGUCGUAUUAUCGUAACCUUUACCAUAUGCCUGAAAGCAAUGCCUCUGUUGCUGUGGACUACAGUGAGGAUGGGAGGCUCCUGAGAGUGGCACAACUGGGCACAGGUCGCAGGGUCAUUUACCGGUACCGCUGGCACAACAAACUGUCUGAAGUUCUGUAUGACAGCACUCGUGUUAGCUUCACCUACGAUGAGACCGCAGGUGUGCUGAAAACAGUCAAUUUGCAAAGCGAGGGUUUCAUUUGCACCAUUAGAUACAGGCAGCUCGGUCCACUAGUCGACCGGCAAAUUUACCGUUUUAGUGAAGACGGGAUGGUAAACGCACGCUUUGACUAUGCUUAUGAUAGUAGUCUGCGUGUUACAAGCGUUCAGGGAGUUAUCAAUGAGACGCCGCUGCCCAUCGACCUCUAUCAGUACGACGACAUCUCAGGGAAGGUGGAGCAGUUCGGGAAGUUCGGCGUCAUCUAUUAUGACAUCAAUCAGAUCAUCUCUACCUCUGUCAUGACUUACACCAAACACUUUGACGGACAUGGUCGGAUACGAGAAAUUCAGUACGAGCUCUUUCGCUCCCUGCUGUUCUGGAUCACGAUCCAAUAUGACGACAUGAGUCGUGUUACUAAGAGGGAGGUGAAGAUUGGACCGUUCGCUAACGCUACAAAGUACGGCUAUGAAUAUGAUGUGGACGGGCAGCUGUUGGCUGUGUACCUCAACGACAAAAUGACAUGGCGCUAUAGCUAUGACUUAAAUGGGAACAUACAUCUACUUAGUCCCCCGAACAAUGCGCGAAUCAUGCCUCUUCGUUACGACUUACGAGACCGCAUAACUCGUCUUGGCGAUUUGCAGUAUGAGGUCGAUGAGGAUGGGUUUCUCCACCAGAGAGGCUCGGAGAUCUUUCAAUACAACUCCAAUGGUCACCUGGAACGUGUUUAUAGUAAGACGAGUGGCUGGAGCGUACAGUACCGUUACGAUGGUUUGGGAAGAAGAGUCUCCACCAAGUCUAGCACUGGAUACCAUCUGCAAUUUUUCUAUGCCGAUUUAAGCUACCCAAGCAGGAUAACGCAUGUGUACAAUCACUCGAGCUCACAGAUUACCUCUCUAUACUACGACCUGCAAGGACACUUGUUUGCCAUGGAGAUCAGCAGCGGGACAGAGUUCUACAUAGCCUGUGAUAAUGUAGGAACACCACUGGCUGUUUUUGGCAGUGAUGGCAUUCUCCUCAAGCAGGUUCAUUAUACGGCCUAUGGGGAGGUGUACUCGGACUCCAAUCCUGACAUCCAGUUGGUGAUUGGGUUUCAUGGAGGGCUUUAUGACCCUGUAACAAAACUGCUGCAUUUUGGAGUACGGGACUAUGAUAUCAUGUCGGGUCGCUGGACUGCACCUGAUUUCAUGUUGUGGGAGAAAAUCGGCAAAGACCCGGGCCCUUUCAAUCUGUACAUGUUCAGAAACAACAACCCGAUAAGUAAGGUGCAGAAUGUUAGGGACUACUUAACAGAUGUGAACAGCUGGCUGGUCACGUUUGGGUUCCAUCUUCAUAACAGCAUUCCUGGUUUCCCAAUUCCCGUUUCUGAAAUGACCCAUGCCUCCUAUGAACUAACAAAAAGCCAAAUGUGGGAUGACUUAACAACCAGCGUUGCAGUCCAGCAGCACAUCAUCCGACAAGCUGAAGCUUUUCUAAAAUUUGGGAAUCUGCCAACGAUUCAGUUUGGUCAUAGCCAAAGGCCUGACAAACCCUGGCUGUGGUUUGCCUCCAGCGAUUCACUGAUAGGUCGUGGGAUCAUGCUGGCUCUCUACAAAGGUAUUGUGAUAACUCGAGCUCUAAGCCUUGCCAAUGAGGACUGCGUCAAGGUUGCCAACAUCCUCAAUGGCGCCCUUUAUUUAAAAGACUUGCACUUUAUUAUUGACGGCAGAGACACACAUUACUUUGUUAAAACGACUUCUCCCGAAGCAGACCUGGCUGCUUUGCGGCUCACCAGCGGACGGAAAGAACUUGAGAACGCGGUGAACGUAACGGUGUCACAGUCCACAGCUGUGCUGGCCGGCCGCACCCGCCGCUUCGCAGAUGUGGAGUUUCAGCGGGGGGCUCUCACCCUGCACUUGCGCUACGGCUCAUCCAUUGAUGAGGAACGGGUGCGGGUUUUGGAGCUUGCCAGACAGAGGGCUCUGGCUAACCUGUGGACACGUGAGCAGCGAAGGGUACAAAAUGGAGAGGAAGGAUCUCGACUGUGGACGGAGGGAGAGAAAAGGCAGCUUCUUAGCGGAGGACGAGUGCAGGGCUUUGAUGGAUACUAUGUGCUGUCAGUCGAGCAGUAUCCUGAGCUAGCGGACAGUGUGACCAACAUUCAGUUCCUCAGACAAAAUGAGAUCGGCAAAAGGUAGUUAACAGACCACGCUUAUGAACAGCCACUCUCUACUGCGAUUUUGUUUUUAAUGGAAGAUUGAGUUUAAUUAAGGGGACAUGCUGUGGUUUAAGACAUUUCGAGAGAGUUUGUAAAACUCCACUACUCUUGGAUUUAGUGGGGUACCAGCAUCGUGAAAAAAAAGACUAUUAAGGCAACGCUGUGCGUUGUGAAACGUUAAUGUGUUUUCUCAAAGGCCUUUACAAGGUUACUGUUGUGGAGCACAAUGAAAUUAUUAACUUAAGAGUCAAGAUACAACCAGAUUCAUAGAACUAUCGAUGUCUUUAUUUAACUAUUUAUUCAUUAAACGCACUAUUCGAUAUUUCCCUAUAGAGAUAAUGUCAAAUCUUUUGGAAAUUAAAAUGUUUACAUAUGCAUUUUAUUGUACCACUGCAAAAAAAUACCACAUAUGAUGUCAGGUGGUUUAUUGUAGCCAGCUCUAAACUUUACACUGUAAUUUUUUUUAUUUAUUCCGCUUUGUCUUAUUUUAUGUGUACAUUUCAUGAGUACCAUAAAAAAAAAAACUGUUCGGCAAUUAUGUAAUUUGCAGUGAAACUCCCCUAAAAUAUGAUGUCACACAGUUUUUAAUUUUUUUUAGUUCGUCUGAAUCUCCUUUAUAGUUACAGAAAUAUCAUUUUUAUAAAUGACGAAAAUUUUGAUUCGCAGCCAUUGUGGUGCAUCAUACAGGAACUGAAUAAACUGUACAUAUAAUGAAUAAAAGAGCAGCACAGCACAGAAAACAUGUAAAUGUCUGUAUUUAUGUAAAUGAGUGUUUACCUGCAUAUUUUUAAACUUAAAAGCAAUUAUUUGCUCAUUUGGUUACAAGUCCCAAGGAAAGUAUUUAUGAAAAUUGUUUGUACUAAAAAUAAAAUAAAAGAUAAAAUGA